AAUGAGGCAUAUAAGUAAGCAGUAGUAGGGAGAAGGUACUCCGUAAUGUUCAUUACUGUAAUUAGUUUCAGUGUAGUUUCAUACCUGUUACCGAGAAGCAGCCGGAAGAGCCCGGAAAAUAUAUUGUGAAAUAUAAUAUUGAACAGGCUUCCGGCUGCAUUCUCAAUCAACACGAUUUAGUAAUAUCAAUAGUUCUGUAACAUUACUGCAAAAAUAAAGAAUAAUGGAAGAUACUGCAAAAAUUGAUCCAAUAAUCCUGGAUCCUAUUCAGGAUGCAAUGGGCUCCAUGGGACGCUGGCAAAUAAUAAUAACACUAGCGAUUUCUCUAAUAAAUUUCCCUGCAGCAUGGAAUCAGCUCGCGAUUGCCGUAAUCGCACCUGCACAAGAUUUCAUGUGUAUUUCUCCAGCGCCAAUUAAUUCCAAUGAUUCAAUGUUUAAAGCUUGCUCUGUUAAAAUAAAUGAGAGUUUGCCAGAAGUUCCAUGCGACAAAUUUUCUUAUGAUGACAGUGUUUUUAAAUCUACAAUUGUCAGUGAGUGGGAUUUGGUAUGCGGUCGUAAAUAUCUUCUUAGUUUGGUUCAACCUUUCACGCAAUUUGGUAUUCUUAUUGGUAAUAUGGUCUUUGGAAUAGUUGCUGAUAAGAUUGGUAGAAAAAAACCUUUGAUGAUUGCAGUAAUAUUUCAAGCAAUAACAGGAAUCAUAACAGCAUUUAUGCCCAUUUUUGAAUUGUUUUUGCUGUUCAAAUUUAUCUCUGCCAUCGCAACAGGUGGAACUAUGCUCAUUAGUUUUGUAAUCGUGAUGGAAAUUGUUGGCGUUGAAACCCGUUCAAAUAUCCUGACAAUGUUCCACAUUCCCUUUGUGUUAGGAUUUUUGACUGUGCCAUUAUUUUCAUAUUUGACAAGAACUUGGAACGGUUAUUGGUUAACGACCACUGUUCCAGCAUUUGCAUUGAUCUCCUAUUACUGGUUAAUCCCAGAGUCUCCACGUUGGUUGUUAGCAGUUGGCAGAGUAGAACAAGCACGCCAAGUAUUGCUAAAAGCCGCCAAAAUAAACAAAAUAUCUGAGGAAAAAGUCACUGAAGCAAUAGAAGCCCAUGAAAAGUCAUUGUCCAUAAUUACCAAAAAUGUUGACGUUGAUGCCGAACAAAGAACUUAUGAUGUUAUAGAUUUGGUGCGAACACCCAAUAUGAGAAUAAAGACACUGUUCAUUGUCUUCAAUUGGUUGAAAUGCGGCAUGGUAUUUUUUGGCAUUGAACAAUACCUUGGUCGCAUGAGCGAAAAUGUGUUAAGUGAUCUUGCUAUUUCAGCUGCUUUUCAACUGCCUGGACUUCUUCUGGUCUACAUUUUAAUUUCCCGAGUAUCUCGUCUGAAAAUUUUAAUCGCUGCAAAUGUUCUAUCAGGAAUAAGCUUGCUGCUAAUAAUAGCAUUUUACGACAACGAUACAAUCAAACUGAUUUUAGCAACAAUCGGUAUCACUUGUAUGACUGUCAGCUUCCCUACAAUUUUCUUGUACACCGGAGAACUGUUUCCAACAGUAGUCAGGAAUAUUGGGUUCGGCGUUUGCAGUGUCGCUUCCAAACUCGGCAGCAUUGUUGCGCCGUUUUUGGUUGACUAUAUUGAUGAUCUCGCUUAUUGGAUAGUUCCACUAGUUUUUGGUAUAAGCCCAAUCCUGGGAGCCAUCCUCUGUUACUGGUUACCAGAAACAAUGAAUUGUAAGCUUCCAGAGACUAUUGAAGACGGUGAAAAUUUCAAAAAAAACUCACGAAAAACUUCUGUUAAGAGUCCGAGUUAAACUAACUGGAAUUAGAUAUUACAAUAUUAUUAUAUAAACUACUUAUAAUUACUUGUAAUGUAUCAUUUUUAUAAAAUUGUCGAUCAAUUUUUUAA